AUGGAGAAGUUUCGGGCAGAGGUCGAACAGAGCCAGACUCUGAGCCAGGAGGAGACUGAAACCACAGCCACGAUCCCAUUUGCGACGACCGAUAUAUCCGGUAUCUCUCUGGACGCACCCUCCGGAUCGGGUUCUAGCAGCAGCAAUGGCUCUAGGUUGCAUAUCGCUACGGAUCUUCACCUGGAAAAUAAGUUUGAACCGGUCAGAGUCGUGGCGGGCCAAGACAGGAGUGAAAACAUUGGCAAUUACAUCUCCGUGGCCAGACGGCGGGGUCUGCCGCAGCUGAAUCUGCAGCAGGCCGAAACGUACAUCUUCGAGCUACCAAAUAGCUCCAACCAGUCUCUCGAGCCUGAAGUGGCGGAUGCCAAGGAUGCCAAGGAUACCAAUAUACCAACCAUUCAGGUCAACCCGCCCAUCCCUCAGAAUCCGGAGCUUGAGCCGGUGGCACCCGAGUCUCUUGACAGUUCCCUGCUGACAGUCUCGCAGCCCAGGUUGAGCAGUAUUAAAGAUCGUAUUAUGCUCUUUGAGCGGACAUGCUUUCCACCAUCCGUGUCUACCGAGCCGGCCACUGCCGUAUGUCAGGGCGCAGACACACAGGAAAAUAGUGCCACAACCCCUCUGACUCCGUCAAUCAAUAUGGUCGAAUUGAACUCCGACAGAAUCGGUGCUGGUUGCUGUACCGUUGAGCCGUCCCAGGUGCUGGUGGAGCACAUGCAGCCCAAGGCGGAUGCGGAGGUGGAGGCCCACAGCGGCUGCCACCAGAUGGAAGAAGCUCAGCGCUUGGAGCAGCCAAACCCCACUCUGGACCAAGAAAUCGACCUCAUGAUCGAGCGCGCUUUGAACGAGGUGAACAAGAUGGCUGUGGCCCCCAACGAAGUGGACAAGCUGAGAAACUACCUCCAGGCCAACAAGGAUCGAUUCAACAAGCUGGUUCAGUACCAGUAUGACGAGAGCCUGCGUAUGCAAGUAGAGUUUGAUCGCCAGCAGAAGUUCCUCAUCAAACAGAUUUGCGCGGAAAUAGAGAUGCCGUUCGCACCGCUGUCGGAGCAUACCAGCACCCGGUCUCUGCAGCAGCACCUGGCCAGCAGCUCACAGGCCGAUGAGCCCAUUAGCAAUAGCAUGGCUACCACAAGUGGCGCUGAUUCGCCCUAUCUUGUACCUAUGGCGGACAGCUACAUCCCCAGUCACCCUCUCCUCAAGGGCCUUCUUGGAACAGGCCAAGGGGUUCUCAAGAGCUCUGAGCACGAGUCGAAGUCACUGUCCGGGACUAGUGCUGCAAGCACGGGGCGAUCCGGCCAGAUGCCACCGCGCAAAAGCAACCUGAAGAAUAGCAAGCGUCCAGCUGCCAGGUCUGCAUCCACCGUCCAAAAAAGCAACAACUGCAGAGCUCCAGAGCCAGUGCUCACAGGAGUUGCAUUCCAGCGCGUCGUGGGUGGCGGUGGAGGAAGUGUAGGCAGCGAAGGUCUUAAGAAGACUUCACUAGGAAGGGGCAAUGGAACCGCCACCAGGUCCCGCAGCACUGCACGCCGUCCUCCCCAGGGGCAGCAGCAACAGCAGCAACAGCAGCGUAGUGCAUCAAAAGCCAGGAAGACAUCAACGCCCAAGCGCGGACGCAAUGUGAGUUCACACAAGUAG